AUGCAGGCCGACGCGAGCGUGAAGUUCUCGAUCCCGGAGGCGUUGGUGGUCCGCGGGAACGCGAAGGACUCCCGCGUCACGAUGUCCGACCUGCGCAGAUUCCUGUCGGGGCUCGCACUGGUAGAUUUAGAGGACGUCAAGUGGUUCGCCGAGAGUGUGGUGAAGGUUGAGGCGGAGCUGCGCGGUGUGUGGCGCGACGCGGUGAAGCAGUGGCGCAGCCGCGUAGAGCGGCUGUACGCCAGGAACUUGCACCGGUACCUCCUGCCCUGCCAGCCAGAUCGCAUCUCUCGCUGGCUGAUGCUCCGCACAUCCAUGGACGAGACUGGCAAAGGCGAAUCCUCCACAGGAUUGCCAGGCCUAGGCAUCAGCCAGCAGGAGGUGGAGGUUCUCUUCACCGACGAGACUGCGGAGGACAUCGGCCGCUGCAGCGACAAGGUUGAGCCGUUCUUGUCCGCGCUCGACCUGCGAAAUCAGCUCGCGGAUGCUGUCGUGGAGGGCGACUGCAGCCAGCGGUGUCCCCCCGAGGUGGACGCCAAGGUCACCGAGCUGCUGACGAAGCUGACCGACCUCACCGAGCGCUGCCGCGAGCUCGCCUGCCUGCUGAUCCACGAAGACACCCUCAGCUUUGCCACCGCGCUGGUGCGGACCUGCGCGUUCUCGCAGGCUGCGGUGAGCGAGGCUUCGCGGCUCACGGUGGCGCUGAUCAACUACCGGGUGCACGAGGGCACGCAGGACUACGAGAGCCUCUGCCGACAGCGCGCCGCAGAGUUCCUGGAAGUCGGCUUCGAGCCGGGCCCCGAGUUCAGCCUGGAGGCAGAGCGACAACUGAUCAACGCGCCGCCCAAGCCCGGCCGCCUGAGCCUGGCGGCGGGCGGCGGCACGGGGCGCAACACCGUGGCCGAGUGGGUCGGCAGCCUGCUGACUCUCCGCGCGGAUUUCGACCGCGGGGAGAUGCUCGACGUGCUCAUCUAG